UAGCUAUCCAGUCCCUUCCCUAGCUUGCUAGGCAAUUGCCCCAAAUCCCACCCCCAACCCCAUGAGAAAUUGCCGCAACCCCAAAUCCAAUCCCCUUCAUACCCACCCACCCACCUUACCAGCCCGCCCCCUUUCUGACCGCCACCCUAACUCUAGCUCGAGAUUUUGGGUGGAAGAAGAAAGGAGAAGAGGAAGAUACACUACGGCGACGUUGUCGGGUUCGCCUUACUCGCCGGCGCCGGAAGAGAUGCAAGGAGAUGAUGGCCACCGUCCAUUGCUGAGUGCGCUGGAAGCUCGAAGGGAUGCAAUCGAUCGGGUGUUCGGUGUGAGAUUAAGGACAGCUACUGAUAAUAUGUUGUUUGGCUCGUCUAUGGCCUCUUUAGCGCAAUCUGUUUCUCAUGGCAUCGUCAAUGUCAGCCAAAUUGUCACUAUUAAAUUCAAAGCGGUUGAGGACUAUCUCACUUGGCGCACACAAUUUGAAUAUGUUCUGGUGUCUCAGGGUCCCUUUGGCAUGGUUGAUGGCUCAAUUCAGAGUGACCAGGGAAACUGCGGCGGGAGGCUGUUGAAGAGAGUAUACAAAGGCGGUGGCAUCCAGAGUGAAGAGGACUGACUGGAAUCCAUCGCUGCGUAGGCCGGCUGCGGCGUUUGAGGAGGAACGGCGCCGGAAAUUGCUGUUGACGGCAGCGCUGCAGAAGGAAUAGCGAACAAAGCAGCUGAAAAGAAGGGUUCAGACAUAGAAGGCGGCACCGUGGUGGUUGACGCAGUGGAGACAGAGGACUCAGCGAAGGCGGAGUUGGACUCCAUAAUAGGCUGCAGCGGAAGGGAAAGAAACGAGACAGCCAAAAAAAAAUUGCUUUGUCCUAGGCUCUUGAUACCAUGUGAGAUUUUG